AUGGAAGGCAAAUCGUACCAGAGGCUACCGCGGGUCAAAAUCCGUGAAAUGCGUGACGACUACAUGAAGUUCGAGCUCCGCGACACCGACGCCAGCGUCGCCAACGCGCUCCGGCGAGUGAUGAUCGCCGAGGUCCCCACCGUCGCCAUCGACCUCGUCGAGAUCGAGAUCAACUCGUCCGUGCUUAACGACGAGUUCAUAGCCCACAGACUCGGCCUCAUCCCAUUGACAUCCGACCGAGCCAUGAGCAUGCGCUUCUCACGUGACUGCGACGCCUGCGACGGCGACGGCCAGUGCGAGUUCUGCUCCGUCGAGUUUCAUCUUCGCGCCAAGUGCCAUUCCGACCAAACCCUAGACGUCACUAGCAAGGACCUUCUCAGCUCUGACCACACCGUCGUCCCCGUCGAUUUCUCCGAUUCCGCCGGCAUGGAAUCUUCCGAACAAAAAGGGAUUAUCAUUGUGAAGUUGCGAAGGGGGCAAGAGCUGAGGCUAAGGGCCAUUGCCAGAAAGGGGAUUGGCAAAGAUCAUGCCAAGUGGUCACCUGCAGCCACUGUCACUUUCAUGUACGAACCCGAUAUUCGAAUCAAUGAGGAGUUGAUGGAUAUGUUGACUCUUGAUGAGAAGAAGGCUUGGGUUGAAAGUAGUCCUACCAAAGUCUUUGACUUUGAUCCUAAAACCGAGAAGGUCGUGGUGAUUGAUCCUGAAGCAUACACCUAUGAUGAUGAAGUGAUCAAGAAAGCAGAAGCUAUGGGGAAGCCUGGGCUUGUGGAUAUCAUUGCAAAAGAAGAUAGUUUUAUUUUCACAGUGGAAUCUACUGGUGCGGUCAAAGCUUCUCAGUUGUUACUCAAUGCCAUCGAAGUCCUGAAACAGAAACUGGAUGCAGUGCGCCUUUCUGAGGAUACUGUAGAAGCUGAUGAUCAGUUUGGUGAAUUAGGUGCUCAUAUGCGAGGAGGAUGA